AUGCAUCCUGCUUCGCCGCAUCAGCAUCGCGCCCGCCUCAAUGUCAGCAAUGCCGCAGGCCAAACCCAAAGCUCCAACCUGUUGCACACACCCGCGCAACAACAACACACAGUGCAGAUAAAUCCAACCAGCCAUACCUAUCAGGGUCUGAAAACAUCUGAGAACGAUGACAUGGGCUGCGUGGAGCUGCUGGCCACAGCCAUAUCGGUGCUGCUCAUGGUGCUCACCUUUCCCAUCUCCGUGUUCAUCUGCUUCAAGGUGGUUUCUGAGUAUGAGCGUGCGGUUAUCUUUCGCAUGGGUCGACUUCGGAGUGGCGGCGCGCGUGGUCCAGGCGUCUUCUUUGUGCUGCCCUGUGUGGAUGACUAUUAUCCGGUGGAUUUGCGCACUGUAUCCUUCGAUGUACCACCACAGGAGGUGCUGUCCAAAGACUCGGUCACCGUUACUGUGGACGCUGUUGUCUAUUAUCGCAUUAGUGAUCCGCUCAAGGCAGUCAUACAGGUGUCCAACUACAGUCACUCCACGCGUCUAUUGGCAGCUACCACACUGCGCAAUGUGCUCGGCACGCGUAAUCUCUCCGAGCUGCUGACCGAACGCGAGACCAUUUCACAUACUAUGCAAAUGUCGCUAGACGAGGCAACCGAUCCCUGGGGCGUCAAGGUGGAGCGGGUAGAAAUCAAGGAUGUCUCACUGCCUACGGCCCUGCAACGUGCCAUGGCCGCCGAGGCAGAGGCAGCUCGAGAGGCCCGCGCCAAAGUAAUUGCCGCUGAGGGUGAAAUGAAGUCCUCACGAGCGUUGAAAGAAGCCUCCGAGAUUAUAUCGGCCAGUCCAUCCGCGUUGCAGCUGCGCUACCUUCAAACCUUGAGCAGCAUUUCAGCCGAAAAGAAUUCCACCAUUAUAUUUCCGCUGCCCAUGGAACUGCUGACGCCUUUUCUGAACUCAUCCGCCCAACAGACGGCAGCGAACGCAGCUGCCGCCGCACUGGCCAAUGCUAAUGCGCUACAUCGGCAUCAGCAUCAGCACCAGCAUCAUCAGUGACGUUCAAUGUCGGUGCUGCAGCCGUACCUGGAAGCGCUGGGACGCUGCGAGCUGCGUCAACAGAAUGCUAGCGCUGCUGCUGCCGCUGACGAAGACGACGACAUCGUUGGCUAUUUGCUGUAAAGUUCAAAAGGGGUUAAGCGUAUCUGGUUGUUACGGUUGUAAGGAAGGUUUUUUUUUUUUUUUGUUAAUUUUACAAAGUUUUUUUUGAAAUCUAUAAGGCAGACGAAUUCUAAAAUGUAAGGCGCUCAGUAAAUGUUUCAGGCCAAUGCAUUACGUUUUUUAAAUAGUGUCCUCACUUUAAUAUCACUGGGCAACAAGAAAUGAACUUAGCAAAUUUCUUUAUGACAAAUGUACAUAUGACCUUCUAAACAUUAAAAUUCAUUUAAGAAAAUGUCAAUUGUUUCAUCGUUUAGUGAUAUAUUUCAAUUGUCAAAGAUUGAUUGCUAGUCAAAACAUUUAGAUUAAGGAUAAUUAGCCAGGCUUCAACUUUCAGAAGACAGUCUUCAGAUUUCGCCAUUAGCUUAUGACUGCAACGUUGUUAAAAAAUGAAACAUCUUAAUCCCGAUUGUAUUGUCACUUUCUGCAUAAAGAUGAUUGUUUGACUAAAUCCAUCAAUAUCUUUAUACAGUAUAAUUUUGCUGUGUCCUGAUUUUGCCUUAAUUCCGAACUUGUUGCCUAGUGUAGUUGGGGAGCUAAAUACUAAUUUUAGAUUUCAUAAACCAUUACUAUAUCGCUAAAGUUAAUAAUAAUUUAUCAAAUGUUGCUUAUUCUUUUGACAGACACUUUAGUAUAAAAUUCAACUACAGUAGGCCUUGCUAUAGAAAGUAAUAAAACUUUACGAAACGAAGCAGC